UGUGCCUUACUUGAUACUGCAGGUUAACUUGAUACAAAUAACUGGUUUUUUCGAACGCACCCAUAUUUUUUUACACAUGGUAACAUUACUGCUGGCAAGUGUCAUGGCGACAGGAGAAAAGUGUGUGCAAGAUAAAUAAUAACUAAAAACAUGGGAAGGUAUCGAAAGAAAAUUGGGUCACGGCCAUACCGUAACUACUCCAAUGAAGCGGUUGAAAAUGCAGUGGCUUCAGUGCGAAAAGGUAUGUCGAUUAGAAAAGCUGCAGAAAAAUAUAAUGUUCCACCAGCCACUGUACAGAGAAAAGUGCGUUGUAAGCAUAUGAAUAAAGUUGGAAGACCCACAGUUUUUUCAAAUGAAGAUGAAAAUAUAAUUGUAGAAGCCUUAAUUCUUUGCGGGAAAUGGGGAUUUCCUAUAACAGCCUUUGACUUGACGCUUAUUGUGAAGCAAUACCUUGACACGAAGGGAAAGACAGAACCUAGAUUUAAGAACAAUUUGCCAGGAAGAUUUUGGUUGAAAGGAUUUUUAGACCGAAACAAACAUGAAAUUUCGUACAAGUUUUGUGAAAACAUUAAAAGAGCAAGAGCUGCUGUUAAUCCUGAAAUGAUAUCUGAUUAUUUUGAUAAUCUAAUGAUUAGCUUGGAGGGAGUAAAACCAGAAGCAAUUGUGAAUUUUGAUGAAACUAACUUUACCGACGACCCUGGAAAAACAAAAGUAUUAGUAAGAAGAGGUUUCAAAAGUCCAAAAAAUAUCAUUGACGCUUCGAAAUCGAGCACAUCGGUUAUGUUUGCAGGAUCAGCAUCAGGAGCUUUAUUACCAAUAUAUGUCGUAUAUAAGGCUGAGCACCUUUACGAUUCUUGGUUGAGAGGAGGGCCAGCUAAUACAUUCUACAAUCGAACAAGAAGCGGUUGGUUUGACAGUACAACGUUUGAAGACUGGUUUUUCAAAGUGGUUGUACCUUAUUUCAGUUCGGUAGGUGAAGGUCCGAAAGCAAUACUAGGAGAUAACCUGGCAAGUCAUCUGUCUGUAAAGGUUAUACAAAAAUGUGCGGAAUCAGAUAUUCGUUUCAUAUUUCUCCCUGCAAAUAGUUCACACUUAACCCAACCGCUUGAUGUCGCUUACUUCCGUCCACUUAAAGCAAUAUGGCGAAAAACCUUAUUAGAAUGGAAGCAGAAAACCAGGGGCUGCAUUCCCAAAGAUCAGUUUCCGCGACUUUUAAAACGAUCGUUAGAUCAACUGUUGACAUCUUCAGAGAAUUUAAAGUCAGGGUUUCGUGCAGCUGGGAUUUGCCCUCUCAACAAACAAACAGUUCUGGCCAAGCUUCCCGUUGAAACUCCAGAAAAUAACAGCACAUCUAAAGAAUGGGCGAGUGCAUUCGAAAGUUUUUUAAAAGAAAGUCGUCUUAAUACAUCAGCUCCUCUUAAAGUGAGAAAGAAAAAAUUGCAAGCUUCGGCAGGUCAAAGCCUUACAGUCUCCGAUAUUACAAAUCCUUCAAAUACUCAAAAUAUUGAAGAAGUAGACGUGGGAAUUUGUGAUGCAGAAGAAGAUUAUUUAGAAGUAAACAUAGAUUCAGAUCCAUUAUUUACGCAACCGAAAACAGCACGUGAAGAAGACACGGAUACUACAGUUUCUAGCAAUUAUUCUGUACAUGAUACAUCUGAUAGUGAUAAUAUAUCUGAAUUACAAGAUUUCGAUAAUUUGAUAGAAAAAACCACAACCCAAUUGUAG